UUUUCACCCCAAGAAAAACAAAGUUGCGUCCCGCCGUCUGAAGCUAGCAGCCGGGUCGUCCCGCCGCCCUCCACCACAAUCUUCGUCGGACUGCUACUCAGUCGGAAAUCAUUAUCUCCUGCUGUCCGCCGCCCUCUGCCACAAUCUCCGCCAGAUCUGCGAUUCCAAUCGCCGGCAACCAAGAUGUCCACUCCGCAUGUCGCCUUUCCAUUGCUGUCCAAAGUCACCGCCGCCGUGAAGAGCCAUCAACGCGAAGCCUCCGCCGCUCUGCUGCUCUGCCGGAAACCAUCUACUGGCUGCCUCCGCCGCUCUGCUGCUUUGCCGGAAACCGUCGACGACCUAUUGUACAUUUUUGAUAUGUAGUUACAAGGUAUGAUACGAACAUGGAGUUACAAGGUAAUAACGAUUACUGAUUUCUGAAUUUUAAAUUUUCCCCUAUUUGAAACCCUAAUUGAAAGCUGUGGAAGAAACAUUUUCCCCCUUUCUGUUAAUUUCCCUUUUCAAUUUCCCCGUUGAAUUCGACGCUUUGAUAGUGUUAUUUAGGGCUCAGAGGCUCCAAUAAUUCCAAGGCGAUGCUCUCUUCUCUGCUGAACAAGAGGGAAAAGCUGCAAGACUAGCUCCGGAGUGUUGAAAAGCAGGAACCAUGCCAAAGGUGAAGACAAACCGAGUAAAGAUACCAGAGGGGUGGGAGCUGAUUGAACCUACUCUACGUGAACUACAAGCAAAGAUGAGAGAAGGUUCUUUUUUUUAUUGAUAAUAAUCUUUUUUGUUUUGUUUUUUGCAUUAUUCUUGUUAUUUUCAUUUUAAUCUUAUGAGUUGGUGUUAAGUAGUGAACAUUUUUUCUGCUUUCUUUCUUUUCAAUUUAGCUGGAAGAUGCUGUGAAUUAUGGAACAAAGGUAUUAAUUUAGUGGUAUAUAAUAUAAUUUGGUGCUCCACAUUAUCAUUUAAGUCAUGUUUUCAUGACUCAACAUUGAAUUUGCAUUUGUGAAACUGAAGGCUCUGGCAAAGAUGAUAGCUGUCUGCGGUCCUUAUCAUCGUACAACUGCUAGUGCUUACAGUCUUCUUGAUUGUGUGUACAGUUGGAUGAUGUUUAAUAUAACUCCUCAAGUUCAUUGUUAUCGGAAAUUCUGUUGUAUAGGCGACUAUUGGAUAUCAAUGAAAUAGAGCUGGGGCUUGACCAUCCAGAUACAAUGAAGAGCUAUGGGGAUCUAUCAGUAUUUUAUUAUCGCCUUCAGCAUAUUGAAUUGGCUCUGAAAUAUGUCAACCGUGCAUUGUUUCUUCUCCAUUUCACAUGUGGGCUUUCUCACCCAAAUACAGCAGCUACUUACAUAAAUGUAGCUAUGAUGGAAGAAGGCAUGGGAAAUGUUCAUGUUGCUCUCAGAUAUCUACAUGAAGCCCUUAAGUGCAACCAAAGACUAUUAGGAGCGGAUCACAUCCAGGUUAUAGCUGAAAACCAAUCGUUUUCUGGUAUUCCCAUUCUGAGGAGCACAGAAGGCUUAUUUUUCUUCUUUCAAUUCCUAGGCUUGAAGAAAACAUUAAUCAAAUUAUUUUAUUUUGAUUUUUAUUGUCUUGUGCAGAAAAUGAAAGAAGAAUUGAAAAGAUUGAAAGAUGAGAAUACUACACUUACAAGAGAUCAUAAAGCUAAGAAAUUGGAUAGAAGACCAAAACAAACAAUUUGA